CAGACCGCCGUCGUUGUUGCAGACAGCUUCCUCAUCGUUCAUCUUAACAUUCAGCAACCAUGGUCAAAGUCGAGAUCGUCGAAGAGAAGGACGCCCACUUCGAGGGCAAUUCCCCCUACUCGUCUGCCUCUUCAUCACGCACAUCAUCCUCUGUCUCCCUCUCAUCCGUAGGUUCCGAACUCGAUGGAGAGGAGUCAUUCUACGAACGCCUCACAGCCCUCGUUGACAUUGUUCCGCCUACCACGCGUCAGAAGAUCUCGUCAAGCAUCUCAAAGACGACAGGUUUCUUGAAGGGCACAGGCAAGGUUGUUGGAAACCUCGUAUGGAUCGUCACCACCAGUGCGCUCCUUAUCGGGCUCCCCCUUGCGCUCAGUUUGGAGGAUGAGGCCAAGAUCAUGGCUCAGGAGAAGGAGCUUCUUGCGCAGCAGCAGGGUCAGCAGCAGAUGCUCGCGCCAUCAAUGUAUCCCGCACCAUCCAGCCAACAACAGCAAAAGGGACUUGUACCUCCCGGUUUCUAAUAGCCCCACUCCACCUUCCCAUCUUCGGCCGCCACGCACGUCCGCCGUUCAUCUAUGUAUCAUAUUGACUUCCGACCCUUACCGUAUAUUAAUACUUCCCCGCUCUGCCCAUCGACCCCGGUCGCUUUAGACAUGUCAUUUUCCCACUGAGGUUCUUGCGAUAUUGCCAAGCCAUAUGGCCGUCUUUCCUCCCUA